UUGCCUCCAUCAAAAUCCCCUUCACUACAAGCAAAUUCUUAAUUAUUAACAAGUCAUAUUCCUCUCAGGCAAAUAGCUGCAAUUGCAUGGCUCAAAAAAUUAAGAUCAGUGUAGACAAAUUUGCUAUAUCUCCAAGCUACAUAGGUCUCACAUAG